AUGUCUGGACAGACCCCUGAUAAAAGAGGCGGUGCAUGGGUGAGAGGUGACUCACUGUAUUUGUAUUUUCUUCUGAAUUUCUACAAUCUUCCUUUACAGACCAAGCUGAAUCAGUGCCAAACAGAAUGCAGUAACAUGAGGGAUGAGCUUCAAAAGAUGCAAAUGGCCAGAGAAGAGAUGCAAGUAUACGUGAGAAAAUUGGAACAAAAAAAUGACGACUUCGAAAGAGCCACCAGAGCGUCUCUAAUGUCCUUAGAAGACUUCGAAACAAGAUUGAAUCAAGCUAUAGAAAGAAAUGCUUUCCUAGAAAACGAAUUAGAUGAAAAGGAGAAUAUGGCUGUUCUGAUUCAAAGAUUAAAAGAUGAAGCUAGAGGUAAAAUCCAUCUGCUUUAG